CUCCGAUCAGCAGCAGCAAUCAUGAACAGCAGGACUCUCUCGUUCUCACUUCGCGCGGUGCACAACAUUCCGGCCGCCGGCGACCUGUGAACGGUGCCGGUAACCUCUCAGAAAAGAAAAGAUCGAGUAGAAUAAGAUUGGCGCUCUGAUUUCGUGGAAGAACUAAUCAAGAAAAAAAGGAGUGGUAGCACUCUCCCGGGCAGAAGAUUUCAAGUGUAAUCUGUACAUUAUCUGUUCGAACUGGACUGUAGACGAACAAUUUGCUCAUCGGCUCCGGAGAAAGAGGGUUUAGGGGCGGCGAACCCUGGAAUUUUCCGACUGUUGACCGCCUUGACUGCGCGUCGAUCUCAGCCCAAGCGAUCGAUGAACUGCCGAUCUAUUGGCUCCAUCGCUUUAAGCGAUACCGCGAGAAAUGUCUAGUAUAUUAGAGCGUCUCCGAUGGAUUAUUGCUGGUCUGAACAGACCAAUUGCGACGCCUAAGAGAUUGAAUAGUGGUGGUGAAGACAGAGUGGCGCCAUUUUCACAACAGCAGCAAUCCCAAGUAGUCAAGUCUAAUGAAAAUUCCGUAUCGAACCACAGGAAUUCAAGACCAAUGUUGGAUGCUGUGUGUGAGAUUGCCGUGUACAUUCACAGGUUUCACAAUCUGGACCUGUUCCAGCAAGGAUGGUACCAGAUUAAGAUUACAAUGAGAUGGGAUGAUGAUGAUGAUUAUGAUUCUGUUGGAACUCCAUCAAGAGUGGUUCAGUAUGAAGCUCCUGAUAUGGGCUCUGACAAUGUAUGUGGAGUGUGGAUGAUUGAUGACACAGACAACAGUUACUUCACACAACCUUUCAGGAUCAAAUAUGCAAGGCAGGAUAUCCUUCUCUCGGUGUUGGUCUCGUUUAAUUUAUCUCUCAGUAAAUAUGAGGGCUCAUGUUCUUCUGCCAUUAUUCUGAAAUUUGAGCUUUUUUAUGCACCUGUGUUGGACAACAGGUCUGAUUUGCACGCCCCAUUAGGCACAAAACCUGUAGCAGUCCAUGAAUUUCGAAUUCCUCCUAAGGCUCUUCUGGGUCUGCACUCUUAUUGCCCUGUGCAUUUUGAUUCUUUCCAUGCUGUACUUGUUGAUGCAAGUAUACAUAUAUGUUUAUUGAAACGCGGUGUCCACACCCUUUCAUCAAAGGUAGCAAGUGAAGUUGCUUCAAGUGAAGACUAUGACAGAGCAAAGCAAGUUCUGCUUGUAAAAGGAUUCAUAACUGCUCGUGCCAGAUUGCUUGAAGAGCUAAAGAAAGUUAGCAUGGCUAUUCAUCAAGCUAUUGAUAUAAAUGAUUUUUCUUGUAAGCAUGAGGAUAAAGAAUUAUUCAGUUCGAACCAGAACUGUGUUUCGUCUGCAGAAAAUGAUCAAGUUUCACAACAAAUACCAAGCCGAAAGCAGAACACUUCACAGAAACGAAAUGGUUUGACUAAUUUACAAAGUGAAGAAGUUCUUCAUUCCCUAUCCAAUGAUGAGCUAGUGGGCAUGUUUCAUUCUUUUGGCAACCAAGUAUUUUACUUAUGGAGUAUAUUCCUGAAGUUUCACAGGGUUCACAGAACACCAAUUUUGGAUUUCCUUCGAAGUCAAUGGACUAUUGAUCGAAGAGCUGAAUGGUCAAUAUGGAUGGUUUAUUCUAAAGUUGAGAUGCCUCAUCAAUAUAUAAGUAGUGAGGUUGAUAGUUCUUCCUACCAUGGCACUUCUAGGAGACCCCCUAUUACUCGGAAGCUCUCUGAGGAUCCUGCCCAAACUGCAGCUAUGCGUGCUGAGCUUCACCGGCGGAGUAUUGCACAAAUGAGAAUAAAUAAUUGUUCAAUCCAAGACUUGCAAAUUUUUGGAGAUCCAUCACGCAUUCCAAUUGUGAUUGUAGAACAUGUUGUAAAUGCCCCAUUGCGCUCAACUAGUAGAAAUUCAUACUUUAACCAUCUGGAGCAAAAAGAUGCAACUACAUUUACUCCAGAGUUGAUUGACUCUAUAGCUAUAAAGAAGUCAUCUGAUGAAAACCCUCAACAAAUUGGACGGGAUUUAAAACUUGUAGUCUUCGUCCAUGGAUUUCAGGGGCAUCAUUUAGACUUGCGACUCGUAAGGAAUCAAUGGCUUUUGAUAGAUCCGAAGGCAGAGUUUCUUAUGUCAGAAGUGAAUGAAGAGAAAACUUCUGGAGACUUUAGAGAAAUGGGAUUAAGGCUCGCUCAGGAAGUAACUUCAUUUGUAAAGAAGAAGAUGGAGAAGGCCACAAGGCAUGGGAAUUUAAAAAGCAUCAAGAUUAGCUUUGUAGGUCAUUCCAUUGGAAACAUCAUAUUAAGAACUGCAUUAACAGAGAGCAUCAUGGAACCCUAUCUCAGAUAUCUGCAUACAUACAUUUCAAUUUCUGGCCCACAUCUUGGUUACUUGUACAGUUCAAAUUCUUUGUUUAAUUCUGGGCUUUGGCUUUUAAAGAAGCUCAAAGGCACCCAGUGCAUUCAUCAGCUUACCUUUACAGACGAUCCUGAUAUUCAAAAUACCUUCUUGUACAAGCUUUGCAAGGUACUUAUUGGUCAGAAACAUUUGUUUUUACUCUUUUCGCCCACAUGUUGUACCAAACAACCAAGUGUUCAAUGUUAUGUGCAUUAUAAGCAUGGUUUAAAAAGGCGUGAGAUGCAAAGAAAAGGUCCUUAAGGCUUAAGUCUUAGUUGGCUUAUGCCUUGUGGUGUCCGAGGCACGAGGAGUGAGGUUUAAUGGCGUCAAGGCUUAUCGACCUUUAGGCUUGAUUUUAAAGAGUAAAAAUAGAGUUUCACCAUCUUAGUUGGCUUAAACGAGGCUUAUGCCUUGUGGUGUCCGAGGAACGAGGAAUGAGGCUUAAUGGCGUCAAGGCUUAUCGAGCUUUAGUCUUGAUUUUAAAGAGAAAAAAUGGAGUUUCGCCCUUUUGAAGAGAGCGAGUUUUAAACUUGUCGGGCUAUUUUUUAAGCUAUUGGGGUUCAGUUCCUUUGGACACAAGCCUAGUCUAACCCUCUCCUUUGGUUUCUUCUCUGUUUUAUAUUAAACAAUGAACUGUAGUCUCUUUCUUCUUUUGUCCCUUAGUGCCAUACAGACACAAUCAUAAGAGCACGCCUCUUCAUUUUUCUAUCUUCACUGGAAUUGC